CGGCAAUCAUAAUCUUUUAGUCUCACAAACAAAACGCACGAGUGGAAAAAUCACAGAGAGAGCAGACAUGAAGAUGUUCCAGAGCUAUCACUUGUUGAGCGGCCUGCUCGUGGCCGCCGCCUUCUUCCUCCUCACCGACGCUGCCGCCGUCCCCGAGACCUCUUCCGAAUGGAAAAUCGUCUCCAAGGUCCUCGAUGACUGCAUCUCCAAAGAGGAAACUUUCAACUGCUUGGGAGUGAAGGCCGCCGCCUUCAUGCAGCGCGCCCAGCGUUCUGCGAACAUCGAACUUGUCCCUGGUGUGGUCAUCAAGAAGGACUCGAACGACGAUUCUCGCGCCGGACGUGCCCUCAGCGAGGCCGAACUCGAAAACUCCCUUCCCGUUGAGGCCAGCGAACGUUCCGGACGCGUCUUCGACAUGCUCAUGGACGGCGCCGUCAACUUCCUCCAGAGCCACUCUCUUGAGGUCAAGCUGCCCGCCAGUGACAUCGCCCGCUCCCUCGAAACCGGCCGUCUCAAGCUGAAGAAGACCCUUCUGCCCCUGCUGUUGGGAGGUGGACUCAAGUUCCUCAUCCUGCCCCUGGCCAUCGUCGCCAUCGCCAUCAUGGCCUUCAAGGCCCUGGCCAUCGGCAAGCUCGCCCUGCUCAUCGCCGCCUCGGUCGGUCUGCCCAAGAUCCUGAGCGGAGGUCUCGGCGGCAUCUUCGCGCCCAAGACCAAGACCAUCGAGGUCGUGUCCCACCCCGUCCACUCUGGCUUCUCGAGCACCGGCGCCGCCGGAAACACCUACUCGUCUGGUUUCUCAGCCUCCAACGGCUGGAGCCGCAACAUCGACGCCCAGCAGGAGGAGGCCCAGAAGCUCGUGUACCGCGGACAGGCCCCUGCCGCCACCCAGCAGUAAAUUUAUUUUCCCUCCUGCGACCGCGUAACGGGCUGACCAAAAAGUUACGUCGCCGCACGGUUUUCCCCCCACAAGAGUCAACGCAAUUGUUAAUUUAUUAAUUAUUUACGAGACGCGACGAGUUUUAAUUUAAAUUAUUAUGUUAAAUACCUACACGCUCAGUCAGUGUUUAUUUAUUCUUUUUUAAAUUAUUUGAGACAUUGUCACACGUCUUCAACCAAAUAGUAGUUUCCUCUGUCCUUCCACUCUGUGAAUUUGUUAGCGACUCUCUUCGUAGUGAACAAAAAUUGUACACACAUGUAUGCAAAGUCUUUUCCUGUUUUUUUUUUCUCUCUAUAUUGUGAAAUAGUCUGCGCGAAUUUGCAGCGCACUCUGGUCGUUACCGUUGUUCAUCUUUACAACUACUUCUCACCUCUCUACCGCAAUAAUAAAAAACAUGAAAACAUGAUUUUACAGAAAA